AUGUCGUCCACCACCAACGCAUCAUCCAACGUCUCCAUUGACCAGUUCAAUGGAUACAACUAUGCGAUUUGGAGUCGAUACAUGCGCAGUGUGUAUUUGACGAAGUCCGUCUGGUACGUCGUAAACCGUGAAGCGACUCCGACUUUAACCGACCCGCGAGCGUCCGAGUACUACAUUAAGGCGAGUAGCGUCGCGUUUGGUGUGAUGCUGCUACACUUAAAUGCUGACUACCACCAUGUGCUUGACAGCUGCGAGGAAGCGUGGGUUGCGUGGACACGUCUGAAGACGCUGUACGGUGGGUCGCAGAAGGCAGGACGAAUCUUCCUCAAGCGACAACUUUUCUGCACCAAGAUGGAUGAAGGCGCGAGCGUCAUGCACCACUGCAACAAGGUCCUCAACGUCUCCGCCAAGCUUAGCGGCAUCAGUGCGAAGAUGGAAGACUAA